AUGAAGUGUCUCAUUCUUCUGUUGGCUUGUGCAUCCGUGGUAUGGACCCAGUCAUGUGAUCCUCAGCCUGGAGGUAGGAAAUUCCACUUAUACCGGUUUAUGUUAGUAAAUAUACUAACAUAUAGCUAUAUGGGCCCUGAUAUUCACUAUAGUAAUGAGAGGAUAUAGCUAUAUGGACACUGAUAUUCACUAUAGUAAUGAGAGGAUAUAGCUAUAUGGACACUGAUAUUCACUAUAGUAAUGAGAGGAUAUAGCUAUAUGGACACUGAUAUUCACUAUAGUAAUGAGAGAGGAUAUAGCUAUAUGGGACACUGAUAUUCACUAUAGUAAUGAGAGAGGAUAUAGCUAUAUGGGCCCUGAUAUUCACUAUAGUAAUGAGAGGAUAUAGCUAUAUGGACACUGAUAUUCACUAUAGUAAUGAGAGGAUAUAGCUAUAUGGACACUGAUAUUCACUAUAGUAAUGAGAGAGGAUAUAGCUAUAUGGACACUGAUAUUCACUAUAGUAAUGAGAGGAUAUAGCUAUAUGGACACUGAUAUUCACUAUAGUAAUGAGAGGAUAUAGCUAUAUGGACACUGAUAUUCACUAUAGUAAUGAGAGAGGAUAUAGCUAUAUGGACACUGAUAUUCACUAUAGUAAUGAGAGGAUAUAGCUAUAUGGACACUGAUAUUCACUAUAGUAAUGAGAGGAUAUAGCUAUAUGGACACUGAUAUUCACUAUAGUAAUGAGAGAGGAUAUAGCUAUAUGGACACUGAUAUUCACUAUAGUAAUGAGAGAGGAUAUAGCUAUAUGGACACUGAUAUUCACUAUAGUAAUGAGAGGAUAUAGCUAUAUGGACACUGAUAUUCACUAUAGUAAUGAGAGGAUAUAGCUAUAUGGACACUGAUAUUCACUAUAGUAAUGAGAGAGGAUAUAGCUAUAUGGGACACUGAUAUUCACUAUAGUAAUGAGAGAGGAUAUAGCUAUAUGGGACACUGAUAUUCACUAUAGUAAUGAGAGGAUAUAGCUAUAUGGACACUGAUAUUCACUAUAGUAAUGAGAGAGGAUAUAGCUAUAUGGACACUGAUAUUCACUAUAGUAAUGAGAGGAUAUAGCUAUAUGGACACUGAUAUUCACUAUAGUAAUGAGAGGAUAUAGCUAUAUGGACACUGAUAUUCACUAUAGUAAUGAGAGAGGAUAUAGCUAUAUGGGACACUGAUAUUCACUAUAGUAAUGAGAGAGGAUAUAGCUAUAUGGGCCCUGAUAUUCACUAUAGUAAUGAGAGGAUAUAGCUAUAUGGACACUGAUAUUCACUAUAGUAAUGAGAGAGGAUAUAGCUAUAUGGGCCCUGAUAUUCACUAUAGUAAUGAGAGGAUAUAGCUAUAUGGACACUGAUAUUCACUAUAGUAAUGUGAGAGGAUAUAGCUAUAUGGGACACUGAUAUUCACUAUAGUAAUGAGAGGAUAUAGCUAUAUGGGACACUGAUAUUCACUAUAGUAAUGUGAGAGGAUAUAGCUAUAUGGGACACUGAUAUUCACUGUAGUAAUGAGAGGAUAUAGCUAUAUGGGACACUGAUAUUCACUAUAGUAAUGAGAGAGGAUAUAGCUAUAUGGGACACUGAUAUUCACUAUAGUAAUGAGAGGAUAUAGCUACAAGGACACUGAUAUUCACUAUAGUAAUGAGAAAGGAUAUUGCUAUAUGGGCCCUGAUAUUCACUAUAGUAAUGAGAAGAUAUAGCUAUAUGGGACACUGAUAUUCACUAUAGUAAUGUGAGAGGAUAUAGCUAUAUAGGACACUGAUAUUCAUUAUAGUAAUGUGAGAGGAUAUAGCUAUAAGGACACUGAUAUUCACUAUAGUAAUGUGAGAGGAUAUAGCUAUAUGGGACACUGAUAUUCACUAUAGUAAUGAGAGAGGAUAUAGUUUUAUGAGCCCUGAUAUUCACUAUAGUAAUGUGAGAGGAUAUAGCUAUAUGGGACACUGAUAUUCACUAUAGUAAUGAGAGAGGAUAUAGUUUUAUGAGCCCUGAUAUUCACUAUAGUAAUGAGAGAGGAUAUAGCUAUAUAGGACACUGAUAUUCACUAUAGUAAUGAGAGAGGAUAUAGCUAUAUGGGACACUGAUAUUCACUAUAGUAAUGAGAGGAUAUAGCUAUAUGGGACACUGAUAUUCACUAUAGUAAUGAGAGGAUAUAGCUAUAUGGGACACUGAUAUUCACUAUAGUAAUGAGAGAGGAUAUAGCUAUAUGGGACACUGAUAUUCACUAUAGUAAUGAGAGAGGAUAUAGCUAUAUGGGACACUGAUAUUCACUAUAGUAAUGUGAGAGGAUAUAGCUAUAUGGGACACUGAUAUUCACUAUAGUGAUGAGAGAAGAUAUAGCUCUAUGGGCCCUGAUAUUCACUAUAGUAAUGAGAGAGGAUAUAGCUCUAUGGGCCCUGAUAUUCACUAGUAAUGAGAGGAUAUAGCUAUAUGGGACACUGAUAUUCACUAUAGUAAUGUGAGAGGAUAUAGCUAUAAGGACACUGAUAUUCACUAUAGUAAUGAGAGGAUAUAGCUAUAUGGGACACUGAUAUUCACUAUAGUAAUGUGAGAGGAUAUAGCUAUAAGGACACUGAUAUUCACUAUAGUAAUGUGAGAGGAUAUAGCUAUAUGGGACACUGAUAUUCACUAUAGUGAUGAGAGAGUAUAUAGCUAUAUGGGACACUGGUAUUCACUAUAGUAAUGAGAGAAGAUAUAGCUCUAUGGGCCCUGAUAUUCACUAUAGUAAUGAGAGAGGAUAUAGCUAUAUGGGCCAUGAUAUUCACUAUAGUAAUGAGAGAGGAUAUAGCUAUAUGGGACACUGAUAUUCACUAUAGUAAUGUGAGGAUAUAGCUAUAUGGGACACUGAUAUUCACUAUAGUAAUGAGAGAGGAUAUAGCUAUAUGGACACUGAUAUUCACUAUAGUAAUGUGAGAGGAUAUAGCUAUAUGGGACACUGAUAUUCACUAUAGUAAUGUGAGAGGAUAUAGCUAUAUUGGACACUGAUAUUCACUAUAGUAAUGAGAGAGGAUAUAGCUAUAUGGGACACUGAUAUUCACUAUAGUAAUGUUAGUGGAUAUAUCUAUAUGGGCUCUGAUAUUCACUAUAGUAAUGUGAGAGGAUAUAGCUAUAUGGGACACUGAUAUUCACUAUAGUAAUGAGAGAGGAUAUAGCUAUAUGGGACACUGAUAUUCACUAUAGUAAUGAGAGAGGAUAUAGCUAUAUGGGACACUGAUAUUCACUAUAGUAAUGUGAGAGGAUAUAGCUAUAUGGGACACUGAUAUUCACUAUAGUAAUGAGAGAGGAUAUAGCUAUAUGGGACACUGAUAUUCACUAUAGAUAUUCACUAUAGAGAGAGGAUAUAGCUAUAUGGGACACUGAUAUUCACUAUAGUAAUGUGAGAGGAUAUAGCUAUAUGGGACACUGAUAUUCACUAUAGUAAUGAGAGGAUAUAGCUAUAUGGGACACUGAUAUUCACUAUAGUAAUGUGAGAGGAUAUAGCUAUAUGGGACACUGAUAUUCACUAUAGUAAUGAGAGAGGAUAUAGCUAUAUGGGACACUGAUAUUCACUAUAGUAAUGAGAGAGGAUAUAGCUAUAUGGGACACUGAUAUUCACUAUAGUAAUGAGAGAGGUUAUAGCUAUAUGAACACUGAUAUUCACUAUAGUAAUGAGAGAGGAUAUAGCUAUAUGAACACUGAUAUUCACUAUAGUAAUGAGAAGAUAUAGCUAUAUGGGACACUGAUAUUCACUAUAGUAAUGAGAGGAUAUAGCUAUAUGGGCCCCGAUAUUCACUAUAGUAAUGAGAGAGGAUAGAGCUAUAUGGACACUAAUAUUCACAAUAGUAAUGUGAGAGGAUAUAGUUAUAUGGUACACUAAUAUUCACUAUAGUAAUGAAAGAGGAUGUAGCUAUAUGGGACACUGAUAUUCACUAUAGUAAUGAGAGGCAGCAGAGCUAUCACAAAUAAUUAAUAUGGAUUAAUGGCCGUUGUAUUUAACUAUAAUCAGAUUGUUAGUUUAAUCAUAGUGGUCUCAGUAGAUUAAAUGGGGUGGAAGCCAGAUUGAAGAUGGUCGAGGAGAGAGUUUGAACUGAGAAAGCAAGUCAAACAGGUAACGACAAGCCUUUCUAGAAGCUUUGCGGAGAAGUGGAGCUGAGAUAAUAAUCCUAAUAAUGGGUUCUCCUGAUUCACUCCUGAUUAACCUGUUGGCCCACGGAUACCUAGGUCUGAGCAGGAUAGGUCGCUGUGAGCUUUGACAGGCAGCUAGUUGGGAAAAGAAACAAGUUCACAUGGACAUCAUAUCUGUAUGCCAAAUGAAGUGCUCUCGUUUAUUAAGCAAAAAGACAUGAGUCUAAUAGACAGUUACAUACACUUCCACUACAUCUGUCAAUUACUCAUUUAAAGUGGCAGGUCUGCCAAAAUGUUUAAAAGAACAUAACACAGAUCUAAUUUAAAGGAACAUAACACAUUUAAAGAAACCAUAGCACAAAAUAUUAACAUACAUAUAGCUUGAUGGUUAUACCCUAGUGUGGAGAAGGAGGUAUAUAUCUAUUUGUUUUAAGUGUGAUUAUUCUCUGUCUAGCAAUACACAUUAUCCUCCAAUCACAUGGCACAAAAGGUCUAUAUUGACCCCUCACUUCAUGACACAUGGGGCAAAGGUAGACUGCAGAAUCCAGGCCACGAUAGGCCAUUGGCAAUGCUGGUAAAUGCCUGGUGGGCCAUGCUGAUCAGAGGAUCUCCUGGGCAGGCGCCUUCUAGUCUCCCUUACUGACCAUUAAAUUCUAAUGCCUAUUGCAGACCAAGUUCGCUGCUCCUUCUAGUGUAUCAGAGCAUUGCCACGGGUUACCAUGGCAAUGUUCUGAUAUUUUACCCAGGGCUGCCUGGAAGGCACAGACAAGGUGCCUCUCCCAAUCAGAGUACAACAUUUCCUCUUCCCUGCCCCAAUGUAAACUACAGCCCCUAUCACCUCCACAAAUACACUUCAGCUCAUAUUCCCCAUACAUACAUUCAAGCCCCUAUCUCACCUACAUCACACAGCCCCUAUAACUCCCACACAUACACUACAUCUCAUUUACCCUCCAAACACUACAGACUCUAUUCCCCUUCACACCCUACACCUUUUAUCUUCACACACUACAGCCUCAUUACACAAACUACACCACUACCUACCCUCUCCACACACACUACACUGAAAAUACCCCCAUUCCCAGACAUAUAUUUUCACAGACAAGCUCCCAACCACAUUCAACCCCACAAGCAAGAUCAUCACACACAUGCAGCCCCACAAACAGACAAUUCCACAAGUAACCUCCCCACACACACUACUUCAAAAGCAGCCUACACAUAUACACACACAUAAGACCACAGCUGGUCUACCACACCGACAAUAUAUACAACCUAACAAGCUUCCAAAUGCAUACAAAACAACACAGACACACACAUACACUUCUUCUGUCCUUAUGUAUUCCAUUUGUGGGGACACCAGAAACUAUUUUCCAGCAUACACAGAACAAUUAUCUCAGAAUUUUCCUAUGCAAGAGGUCUUCAUCAGGACUCUGUGCAUGGGUCACACACAAGGGCCAUUAAACUGACGUGCCCAUUUUGGGAGGUUUGACUGUCAAUGUUGAUAGUACAACAUGUGCUGUAUCUGGGCCUGGGUCCUCCUGUUGAGCUGCUUAGUCUGUAAAUGCCCACGUCAAUUAUUGCCCCAGUCCAGCACUUGGAGAUAUGCAGCUUGACAUGCUCAGACAGGUACCCUUAGCAAUGGACACUGUUUUUAAAACAGCUUUUAUGAAACAAAAGCAUAGGUUAUGACCCAAAAGGACCAGUGAUCAGAAACGGCUAUGGAUGGUGCAGUUUUAACCUUUUAGGUCUCAUCAGCAUGGUGCUGGUUCUGGCCUGGAAGUUAAAGUCUCUCUGUGAGCAUAUAGCUAGGUGUCAAAUAAUACCAGGUGAGACCAAACACCAUAAUACUCCCCACAAUUAUAUGCAGAUUGAAAAACUAUUGUUGUGUAUCAUCUACAAUUCUUAAGUUGGACUUUGCGAAGUUUGGUGUCAGCCUUAGACACCAAACUACCAGAACUGGAGUCGUGCUGAAGAAACCCAAAAGGUUUCUGUUAUAUGGUCCUUUUCUCAGAACUGCUGUGCCAAAAGUGGACUUUCCAAAGUCCAUCUUGAGAUAUGCAGGUUAUGCACUAGAUUCAUUUUCCUAUCUGCAUCAAGGUGUGCCUCAUCAGAGUAUGAAAUAGAAUUGACCUAGAAUGUGCCAUUACUUUGUAAUUCCAGGUAGUUUUACAAACUACUGUUUAUUGUUUUCUCUUGGACACUAAAUCCUCCCCUGGUUUAGGUAUGUCUGCUUUGUUGUAUUUGUAAACCAUUAACCACCUUGUGUUUUUCUUUCAGCUGUAAACUUGGCACGAUCUGGUGUUGCAAGUCAAAGUUCUGUAUUUCCACUAAAUCCACCACCAGAUGCCAGUACAGCCAUUGAUGGCAAUUUUGAAACAAAUUACUAUAAGCACCCCUGUGCUCACACACAAAAUGAUAAGGACCCCUGGUGGAAGCUGGACCUGGGAAAGAGUGUAAACAUAGAUUCAGUCUUUAUAACGAACCGUCAGGAUUGCUGCCAAGAACGUCUAAAAGGAGCCCAAGUUAAAGUUGGAAAUUCUCCUGAUGGCAACAACCCAGUGUAAGUCCUGAUUAAAUCUCAUGUUGUUGCUGGAAGGAUAAGAAUCUCUAUAAAUAGUUUGAGACUUAUUUUAGGGCUGCUGAUCUUCUUGUGAGCUCACAUUACUUUAUCUCUGCUUGUUCUUAGGAUUUUAUGUCUCUUCUACUCUAGAGUUUUCACAUGUCGAUUCAUUUGUAAGUGAAGAAUAAAGACACUGUCUCUCUCUCUAGAUUUUUUUACUAAUUAGAGUUCUGCUUAGGCUGGGAAGUAGUUAUCAAGAUUGAUAUGGCACAUAGCUCUAUACCUAAAAAAAAAAUAUAUAUAUACAGUUGUGCUUUAAUGUUUGCAUACAGGGCCGGACUGGCCCACCGGGAUACCGGGAAAUUUCCCGGUGGGCCGUCGUCACCUGGGGCCGGGCAGACAGCCGGCUCACCUGCGGCCGCAGAGGGAGCUCCCUUGGUGGCCGCAGGGGGAGCUGGCUGUUCUGCCUCUGCUCCCCCUCCCCAGCGCGCUAGAAAGAGACCGGGGCCAGAAUAUGACGUCAUAUUCCGGCCCCGGUCUCAGUAAGACAUUGGUCCCCAGGUAGACAUUGUGUGUCAGUGUGAGUGUAUGUGUGUGUGUGUCUGUAUCAUGGUGUGUCUGUGUCAUUGUGUGUGUCUGUGUGUCUCUGUCUGUCAUGGUGUGUGCGUCUGUGUCAUGGUGUGUGUCUGUGUGUCUCUGUCAUGGUGUGUGCAUCUGUGUCAUGGUGUGUGUGUGUCUGUCUGUGUCAUGCAAUGUGUGUCUGUGUCAUGGUGUGUGUGUCUCUGACUGUCAUGGUGUGUGCGUCUGUCUGUGUCAUGGUGUGUGUGUUUGUCAUGGUGUGUGUCUGUCUCUGUCAUGUAAUGUGUGUCUGUGUCACGGUGUGUGUGUGUCUGUGUCACGAUCUCUCUGUGUCGUGGUGUGUGUCUGUGUGUCAUGGUGUGUCUGUCUGUGUCGUGUGUGUCUGUGUCACAGUCUGUGUUAUGGUGUGUGUGUCAAGUUGUGUGUGUCUUUUUUAAGGUGUGUCUGUCAUGGUAUGUGUGUGUCUCUGUCAUGGUGUGUGUGUGUCUGUCUGUGUCAUGGUGUGUCUGUCUGUCAUGGUGUGUCUGUGUUUCUGUCUGUGUCACGGUGUGUGUCUGUCAUGGUAUGUGUGUGUGUAUGUGUGUUUUUACUCACCUUUUUUUCCCCCACGUCGUGCUGGUCUCCCCUCAACUGGCCCUGCCUCUACGGCUGAGAUCAUCAAGCUUGAUGAUCUCAGCCAAUCCGCACUGACACAGGAAGCACCUCUAGUGACCGUCUGAGUGUCUGUCACUAGGAAGCAAUGUAAACACUGCCUUUUCUCUAAAAAGUCAGUGUUUACAUUGAAAAGCCUGCAGGGACAGACUGUAGACACCAGAGCCACUACAUUAAGCUGUGUGUGUGUGCGCGCGCCUGCUAGUGAGUGGGCUUGCUUGUGUGUGUGUGUGCCUGCUACUGAGUGAGCUUGUGUUUUUAUUUUAAUGACCUUAUUUAUAUCAGUGAGAUUGUUUGUCUAUGAGGCUGUGUAUCAAUCAGCUUGUGUCAGUGAGAUUGUCUGUGUCUGCAUGUGAGUAUGCUUACUGUAUAAUUAAAGAUUUUACUCUGAAAGAACCAAUAUUUUAUAUUGGAAAAAGAUAUAUAUAUAUAUAUAUAUAUAUAUAUAUAUAUAUAUAUAUAUAUAUAUAUAUAUAUAUAUAUAUAUAUAUAUAUAUAUAUAUAUAUAUAAUCUAUCUCAAUCAUCUAGGGUGGCAAGACAUAGCCUUACAUAUUACAUGCGACAAUAUAUGGCGCAAUGACUUAUGGGGCUGGCAUAGAUUUUUUUUCCAGGGCUGCCUUGGAAUCCCCAGUCCGGCCCUGUUUGCAUACCCUUGGUGAAUUGAUGAUAAAUGUACCAUUUUUAAAGAAAACAUGAGUGAGAAGCCAAAAUGCAUUUCUUUUAUUUCUUAUGAGAUUCAUAUUCAAUUGUAGCUUAUAACAGAAUGGCACAAUCAUAAAACAAAAUAUGACAACAAAGAAAAAAAUGAAAUGACCCCUGUGACGAACUGGACCUCGUCACGGGUUCUUGGAGGGGCAUACUUGCCAGCCUCUUACCCUAUGACUAUGGCCCCUGUAUUAAACUAUAUCUGAAAACACUAUUUGUGCCUGUUGGGACUGGUAACAGGAACCAUUCAAACUUUCAAAGUGGCACUUCAAACUCCCGAAGCCAUUCGAAGUGCCAUUUGACCAUGUGGCGGUGGCCAUCUUAUGCCGCGAGUACAAUGAGCGGUAUUUGGUCGUCGAGUUCAUGGAACUGAAAUCAGACACUUGACGGUGCGAACACUGCUAAAACUUCCUUCCAUGGAUGUUCGGCUAUUCGAACGGGAGUAGAAUGGCGUUCAGUAAAAAGACACUCACGAACAAGAGACAUAUAAUGACUUUAUCCACGAACGGCUACAUUAGUUAUUUCGAACUGUACUUUGAAUCCCCGAAUUAGGCCGGCGGCACAGCCUAAAUCUCUGGAACUGUUUUGGGCAUGGAACCAUGUGUGCGGCCGGUCAAAAUAUGACUUCCAUGGAAUUCUUGAAACCCUGAACUGAUCUGGGUUAUUUUUGUAUAUGUUGGUCACCCAGAUCAAGGCUAUCAGGGGAUGUGACAAUUGUGGGGAUAUCAUGUGUAUUUGGGGUAUUUUGUAAACUAUGGUUUUUUUCUGCCUGGAUAUAAUUGAAAUGAUAAAGUUUCUUACCCAAUUAUCUACCAGGCAGAGGGGAGGGAUUGUAUGUUUGCUAUGGAAGUGUCGUGCAUUUAAUCACUGUUCUUAUUGGUUAUUCAGUUUGUGUCCCUGUCCACAACAAGGUCGGCGUACCCAACAAGGUGGGCGUACCCUUUGCCUGGGGAUUGUCAUAAAAGGCCAGUGUGGCACCAUUAUUCAGCUAUACCACUAGCUCUUAUAAGAGCUUAACAGCUAUACUCUCCUGGAGGAGAGGCCUUCCCACUGAGUCCCUGGAUCCAGGAGUUUGGUCCAGGGUGGGAAGGGAAGGAGAGACCCCAACCAAGCUGCGGCAGUUCUUGGGGUCUACAGUGCUUAUGGUGUUCGGUACUGUGAUUAUGGUCUUCAGCAUCAGCUCGGAAGCAUCGAUUGGUGGAGGUACCCAGUCGGGGUGCCAGGUGGUCCGUCACAACCCCUGUUCAAAAGUCUGCAUACCCUUAGUUCUUAAUACUGUGUAUUGCCCCCUUCAUCAUCAAUGACAGUGUGCAGUCUUUUGUAAUUGUUGUCUAUGAGGCCCCUAAUUCUUGCAGGUGGUAUAGUUGCCAUUCGUCUUUGCAAAAUGCCUCCAGGUCAUGCAAAGUCUUUGGUUGUCUUGCAUGUUUGAGAUGUCCCUAGAGUGGUUCAAUGAUAUUAAGGUCAGGUGACUGUAAUGGUCACUCUAGAACCUUCACCCUUUUCUGCUGUAACCACUGGAGGGUCAACUUGGCCUUGUGCUUAGCAUCAUUGUCAUGCUGGAAAGUCCAAGAGUGUCCCAUGUGCAGCCUUCGUGCAGAAGAAUGUAAAUUGUCUGCCAAUAUUUUCUGAUAACAUGCUGCAUUCAUCUUGCCAUCCGUUUUCACAAGAUUCCCCGUGCCUUUAGAGCUCACACCCCCCAAAACAUCAGUAGGCCACCACCAUGCUUCACAGUGGGGAUGGUAUUAUUUUCAUUAUAGGCCUUGUUGACCCCUCUCCAAACAUAGUGCUUAUGGAUGUGAUCAUAAAGCUUUAUUUUGGUUUCGUCACUCCAAAUUAGAUUGUGCCAGAAGCUGUGAGGCAUAUCAAGGUGCUGUUGGCAUAUUGUGACUGGGCUUUUUGUGGCAUUGGCACAGUAAAGACUUCUUUCUGGCAACUCGACCAUGCAGCUCAUUUUUGUUCAAGUAUCAUCGUAUUGUGCUCCUUGAAACAACCACACCAUCUUUUUCUAGAGCAGCCUGUAUUUCCACCUGUUGGGUAUUUCGUUGUAUCCCGAACAAUUCUUCUAGCAGUUGUGUCUGAUAUCUUUCUUGGUCUAUCUGACCUUGACUUGGUGUCAAGAGAUCCCAGAAUUUUCCACUUCUUAAUAAGUGAUUGAACAGUACUCACUGGCAUUUUCAAGGCUUUGGAUAUCUUUUUAUAUCCAUUUCCAUCUUUAUAAAAUUCCAUUACCUUGUUACUCGGGUCUUUUGACAGUUCUUUUCUGUUCCCCAUGGCUCAGUAUCAAGCCUCCUCAGUGCAUCCACGUGAAAACUAACAAACUCAUUGACUAUUUAUACACAGAAUCUAAUUGCAAUUUAAAAAGCCACAGGUGUGGAAAAAUAACCUUUAAUUGACAUUUAACCUGUGUGUGUCACCUUGUGUGUCUGUAACAAGGCCAAUCAUUCAAGGGUGUGUAAACUUUUGAUUGGGGCCCUUUGGGUGAUUUCUGUUAUCAUUAUGAUUUAGAAAGGAGCCAAAUAAUUAUGUGAUAAUAAAUGGCUUCAUAUGAUCACUAUCCUUCAAUAAAACACUUUUUUUUACAUGAUUAGUCAUAUUUUCAAAGUCAUUGGUAACAUUUCAAAAUUUCUGCCAGAGUAUGCAAAUUUUUGAGUACAACUGUAUAUACAUAUAAUAGUUCAAAAUGUUAAGACCUACAUAGCAGGAAGUAUAAAUGCACUCACAAAAUGUCCACAGAAUGUAAUAGAAGCAAUUAGAAAGCCUACAACCUUGGGCUGCUGCCUGUGUAGGUCCCUGGGAACCCCCUCAAUAUCAGAGCAUUGCAUUCUGUCUACAUCUGGUGAAUGUAUUUAUAUCUGUAUGAUAUAUAUUUAUUUAUAACAUAUUGCCCUAUUGUAUGUAUGUAUGUGUAUAUAUAUAUAUUAUAUAUAUUUUUUUUUAGGAAAUAGUUGACCCUGGGCAGCCAAUGCUGGCCCAUUCCUCGUCAAUGCACAUGCCGACCAUAUCUCAUUAUUAUUUUUUCCUUUUCUUUUAAAUUUGAAAGAUUUAGCAAAUACUAUCAUAAUCCAGUUCAGACAAGGCACAGUCAAGGCACACAUUGCUAAAGAAGGAGAAACAGAAACAUUGUGUCAUGUCUGCUCUUCCCUGUAUGCUCUCUAUGCUGACUGCCAGGUGUUAGAGGUUAUAACAAUGAUUGACAGAGAGCUAACAUGGAGGCGUAAAGGAGUAAAUGCUCUCUUUAUAUAUCAUUCUGAUGUUUUUUUUUCUCCUGUAGAUGUGCCACCAUCAAUGAUGUGUCAAAAGUUAAAAUCCCAGUUUGCUGCAAUGGAUUGGAGGGUCGAUACGUCACUGUGACCAUCCCUGGCCGUUCAGAGUAUCUAUCACUGUGCGAAGUGGAGGUUUAUGGCAGAGAAAAUAAAAAGCAGGAGCCUUCGGUGUGCUGGUAG